AUCAGCUGUGUCCAAUCACAGCUGAUCACUGAUGAUCAGUGUACCCUGAUGAUCAGUGUGGCCCCAGAAGUGCCACCUGUCAGAGUCCAUCAGUGCCAGCUGAACAGUGCCCAUCAGUGCCACAAUGCCACAAAUCAGUGCAUACCAGUGCACAUCAAUGCUACAAAUCAGUGCCCAUCUGAGCUGCCCUUCAGUGUCACCUAUCAGUGCCACCUAACAGUGCCAGUCAGUGCCGCCUAUCAGUGCUAUAUACCAGUGCUCCUCAGUGCUGCCUUUCAGUGCCCAUCAGUGAUGCCUGUCAAUGCCCAUCAGUACCACCUACCAGUGCCUCCUCAUCAGUGCCACCUAUCAGUGUCCAUCAGUGCAUCUUAUCAGUGCCCAUCACUACAGCCUCAUUUAGCGUACAUCAGUGAAGGAGAAAAAUCACUUAUUUACAAAAAUUUUUAACAAACACUAA